AUGGAUCGAAUAGAUAAGUUUUUGAACAGGAGAAAACAAAAAACAAAGAGAGUUGUUAAAACUAACAAUAAAUAUUAUGAAAUAACUAAAGAAGAUAUUAAAGUUGUAAGAAAAUACAAAAAGAAUGCCUGUCUUGAUCCUACAGUAGACAUGUAUAUCCCUUACAAACUAACAUUUUCUAAAGAUACACAGAAUACACCUUUAGAAUUUGUAAAAAAGGGAUCCAGUGUUUUAAACGAAGAAAAAAUGGUUAAAAAGUUUUUAAGAAAGAACGAUUACGCUAAAGUUGUGCCAGAACCCAAAAACGUAAUAAGUGAUAUUUGGGCUGAUGAUCUUAAAGACUAUCAUCAAAAUAUUGUACUAGACGUUAAUGAUCAAUAUACUGGUAAAUUAGUAGAUUUAAGAAUGAAAAAAGAGGAUUUAGAAAAAGAAUUAAGAAGGACUUAUUUGAAACAAUAUCUUCCUAGAGAAAGAAAAACACUAAAAAUUAGCGAUUUGUUAAAAAAUAACAUUGUUAAAGAAGAUUUAUACUUUCCUCAUACUUUUGCUAAAUACUAUAAAAUACAAGAUAAGUGUGUUAUUGAUCGAAAUGGGAAAUAUUUUGCUUGUUACACGAAUAAUUUGUUAGAAAUAUUUGAAAUAAAAAAUUUUUAUCGGAUAUUUACACAUGAACUUGAUGGAAUAAUUGAGAAAGUUGAGCUUGAGUCUUCUAUCAGAGCUUUAUGUACAUUAGAGAAUGGAAUUUCUAAAAUUUAUGAGGUUGAUAUUAGAGAUAAGUCAGUAAAAAUUUUACAUGAAAGUUCUAAUGUAUUUGAUUUUUCUUGUGAUAAGUACAAUUUGUAUGUUACGUCUAGAUCUAUUAAUUUCUUUAAUACACAAGUUCAAGUACCGAUUAAGAAACUAGAUAAAUUAACAAAAAUUUUUACUAAUAAUGAUUUAUUAUUUGUUAUUACAUCGAAUAGUCUAAAAGUAUAUGACAUAACUAGGAAACUUUUAAUUAAUGAAUCUACGAUUUUUUCGUUUAUUAUUGAUUUUGUUGUUCAUAAAAAUUUAAUUUUUUUAAUUAAUAAUCUAAAAAAAAUAUUUAUUUUUGAUUAUGAAAGAAAUGUUGUAAUUCAUACAAUGGUACAAGAUAAUAAUCUUUACAAAAUAUCUUAUAAUGAUGUACAUUCUCUUUUAGCAGUUUCCACAGAAAAUGAAAUUUUAAUUUUUUAUGUUAAUAUUGGAGAAAAUCAAUAUUCAUUUGUGAAUAGGAUCCAAGGUACUUGUAAAAAUAUUUAUUUUGAUUGUAGAAUGCCUUGGUUAUACGUUCAUAAAAAUAAUAAGAUAUUUUUAUACACAUAA